UGUGGCCCUAGUCGCUCGCCUCCCUUCAGGCCGGAGUAAUAAACAGGGAAAUCUGAUGAGCGGGAUGGUUAAAGGCGGUCUUGAAAGAAAAAAAGAAAAAGUUGAGAUUCAUUGGCCCCAGGCUCAGCAGCAUCUCCUACAGAUGGAGGACCUGGAGCAAGGCCUGUUGAUGCAACCCUGGGCAUGUCUACAGCUUGCUGAGGAAUCCCUCUUGGCCAAAGCUCAUAUCACCACGCAGGGCUAUGCCUUGCUGGUCUCAGAUCUGCAGCAGGUGUGGCACGAACAAGUGGACGCUAGUGUGGUCAGCCAGCGAGCCAAGGAACUGAACAAGCGCCUGACUGCCCCCCCUGCUGCUUUUCUCAGUCGUUUGGAUGCUCUGCUGCGUCCAUUGUUGAAGGACACCGCCUGCCCCAGUGAAGCUACAUUCUCCUGUGACCGUGUGGCAGACACUCUGGUACUGCGGGUGCGGAGUGAGCUCGCUGGUCUCCCUUUCUACUGGGAUUUCCAUUGCAUCCUUGCCAGCCCUUCCCUGGUCUCCCAGCAUUUGAUUCGUCCUCUGAUGGGCAUGAGCCUGGCACUACAGCACCAAGUGCGAGAGUUAGUGACACUGCUGCACAUGAAGGACCUGGAGCUUCAGGACUACCGGGAGAGCGGGGCCACGCUGAGCCGAGAUCGAUUGAAGACAGAGCCAUUUGAAGAAAAUUUCUUCUUGGAACAGUUUAUGGCAGAGAAACUACCUGAGACAUGCGGUGUUGGUGACGGCAGACCCUUUGUCAUGAAUCUACAGAGUCUGUAUGUGGCAGUGACCAGACAAGCAGUCCAGGAGGCACAGAGGCAUCAAGACACUGGAGAUCCUCAGACGGCUCACAGCACCUGCCCCCAAGAAACUGACGGCCAGCUUCUGAACCAGCAGGAACAGCCCGUGCCUUCAGAACCAUCCCUCCCGGAGCCCACCGAAACUUCGGGCCCUCUGCAGAGACCUCAGCUCUCAAAGGUCAAGAGGAAGAAGCUAAAGGGGCUCUUCAGUUAACCUGUCACUCUCAGCUGCUGAGGAUGGCCUUGGAGAACAGCGUCCUAGUGUCACCCUGAAAGGCACUCGCCGGACAGUAUCUUUUAUACAGGUUCUGCUGUCCGAGGCCCCACUGUAAGGCGAGAUAACUGAAGUUCACAUUGAUAGGCCUCCUGAGUGGGUUCUGUUAAGGGGGGGCAUUGGGAAUCUCGGCCCCCACCCAUCGGGCAUUCCCUGCCCAAGUGGAAGCCAGUCUCUGGGAAUUCCAUAUUCUCCUUUCUGUUGGUGAAGGUUUUCUCGGCCUAGGACCCUACCCUGGACUUUAGGUAUAUAGGGCAAGUCUACAAAAAGGCACAACAUGCUGAAGGAAGCCUUGUCUGCCUUUCGAAAGAGUCCUGAGCCAAUUCUGGUAUUCGCCACCCGCUUCUCUCUCUAGCAUGAAAUAAAAGCAGUCACACUCCCCUGCUUUUGAGUUUACUUUCUU